UUAAAACCCUUGACCGAUAUCGAACAAGACCUUAUUGAAGAUGAAACACAGAAUUUAUAUCACGAGGUCACAAGAUUGAAGACGAAAUAUGAAUCUCUUCAAUGCUGUCAGAGUCAUUUGCUUGGGGAAGAACUUGGACCGCUUAGUGUGAAAGAACUGCAAAAGAUCGAAAAACAGCUAGAUAGGACUCUCUCACAAGCCCGACAAAGGAAGACACAAUUGCUAGUAGAAAGAAUGGAAGAACUGCGCAAAAAGGAGCAUGAUCUUGGCGAAGAAAACAAACAGCUCAAGAUUAAGCUGGAAGAAGGACAAUGUCUAGAAGCUGACGUAGGAGGCCCAGUCAAGACGGCAGCAAAUAAGCAGCACCCUUCAAAAUCUAAUCAUUCUGAACAGCAGAUGCGGUACCAUCAGUUUAUUCCGCAAGUACAAACCUUUGAUGCGAGGAAAGUUGGCCGGAGUGAUCCUGCUCCGGGAUGGCUCGGUUGGAGUUUCGAUUCUUGAACAUGCAAUUAUGCAAAGUUCCAUCUGAAAAAAUGUGUUCGAUUACUGUCAAAAGGUGCCCAUGAAUAGAAUUCUUACCUAAAUAAUAUCGAUUCUACCAAAGUUUCUAAUUUAAGAACCAAUAAAGCACGUGUUUCAUUCUGUAAUUUAUCACUAUAUAUAGUUUAUUUAUUAUAAGUGUAUGGAGUUAUC